AUGCCCUGCCAAAUUAAAAUAAUGCAAGUGAACACCAACAGAAGUGCAGAGGCAAUGAACAUAGUGGAAAGGAACAUUGCAAAGAAAGAAAUUGACGUGGUUAUUGUAUCCGAACCGAACAAAAGGAAGAUUGAAACGGGUAAAUGGUUAAAAAAUGGGGACAUGAGUGUGGCAAUUAAAAUAACUAAUCUAGAUAUUAGGGCGAAUAGCUGGGAGGAAGGCAGUGGUUUUGUAGCAAUUAAAACAAAAAUAGGGACUAUAGUCGGAUGUUACUUAACACCAAACAAUACCAUAGAAUUCUUCAAAGAACAACUAGAAGAGAUUAGUCAGGUAAUCGAUAGAAGAGACGAGCAGGAGAUUAUUGUUGCAGGAGAUUUUAACGCCAAGUCCGCUGCCUGGGGUUCCAACAGAGAAGAUAGGAGAGGAACGAUCCUAUGUGAGUGGAUGUCCGAAAAGGGAUUAAUAGUGGCGAAUAAAGGUAAUAGACCAACAUGGAGAAGAGGGAAACAAGAAGCCCAUAUAGAUAUAACGAUGUGUAACGAAAAACUGAUAAGAAGCAUAAAGAACUGGAUUGUAGAAGACGAAGAAAAUCUGAGUGAUCACCUUAAUAUCUUGUUUAGUCUCGAAAUGGGAGAGGGGAUCAGAGGAAAAGACAGCGGGGAUAGACGAUGGAAGAGAAGGGAGGAACUGGUGGAGAGAUACCAAGAGGGAAUUCAAGAUAAGCUACAAGCAAUAGAAUUACUUACGCCGGAACUGUUGACAUCAAUAACUACCAAGACUUGCGAUGAAAUUUAUGACAAGAAGAGAAGGGCAGGACUAAGACGAGGUAAUUUAUACUGGUGGAAUGAUGUAGUCAAGGAAGCCAAGGAGAGGACAGACAAAUAUGGACGUACCUUAACCAGAGCGAAUGCAAAAGUAAACAACGAACCGGAAAAACUUAACGCACAUAGACAGUACGAGGAAGCAAAAAAAAACGCUUAG